UUACCUCCCGGUCGGGCCCGUGCCAUUCCGGGCCAUGUGAGCACCGGGGCUGGGCCGCGGGGCCGCCACCGGCAGCGGGAUGGAGCGCAGGAAAGUCUUCGUGGUGCUCGACGUGCUCUGCUUGGCGGUCGCAUCUCUGCCCUUCAUCAUCCUGACCCUGGUGAACUCCCCAUACAAGAGGGGCUUCUACUGCAACGAUGACUCCAUCCGCUACCCCUACAAGGCAGACACCAUCACCCACGGCCUCAUGGCUGGGGUCACCAUCACCUGCACUGUUGCCAUUAUCUCGACAGGGGAAGCCUACCUGGUCUACACGGAGCGCCUCUACUCCAAGUCAGAGUUCAACAACUACCUGGCUGCCCUCUACAAGGUGGUGGGGACCUUCCUUUUUGGGGGGGCCAUCAGCCAGUCCCUGACUGACCUGGCCAAAUACAUGAUCGGCCGCCUGCGGCCGAACUUCCUGGCUGUCUGCAACCCUGACUGGUCCAAGGUGAACUGCUCCAUCUACGUGCAGCUGGAGAAUGUCUGCCAAGGGGAGAGCAGGAAUGUCACUGAGUCCAGGCUGUCCUUCUAUUCUGGGCACUCCUCCUUCGGGAUGUACUGCAUGAUGUUCCUGGCGCUCUACGUGCAAGCCCGGCUGGUGGGCAAGUGGGCCCGGCUGCUGCGCCCUACCAUCCAGUUCUUCCUCAUCGCCUUCGCCAUCUACGUAGGCUACACCAGAGUGUCAGAUUACAAGCACCACUGGAGCGAUGUCCUGGCAGGGCUGCUCCAAGGGGCUCUCAUUGCCGUCCUCAUCGUCCGCUACGUCUCUGACUUCUUCAAGCCCCGUCCCCCGCGGCCGUGCGGGGCCGAGGACGCGGAGCGCAAGCCCAGCCUGCCGCUCACCAUGAGCGAGACCGACUGCAAUCACUACAGCUACCGGGGCGGCCCCUGAGCCGCGCACCGGGGCUGCCGACCCGCCCCUCGCCCGCGCACCGCUCCCGCCACCGGGGCGGCCCCCGGGGACGCUGGCUCUGCCUUAACUGCUUGGCUCCUCCACGGCUCCGCUGCCUCAGGUACCCACAGGACUGCCCUGUCCAUCCCUGCUCAACUCCAGCCCCGGCUCCCCGCGGUGCCUCCGCCUGCCGGUGCCCGGUGAGCCCAGAGCCCUGCCCAUGGGAAGGGAAGGUCCUCGAUCCCUUGCGCGUCUGAGUCACGCUCCAAGGCUGUUGUCUCAGCCCUCUGCGUGGAGGGGAG